UUAGAUAUAUUAAAUACUGACGUUGUGGUCUCUCUCUCGCUCUCUCUGUCUUUAUGUCUCUGUCUCUCUGUCUCUCUCUCUAUCUCUCUCUCUCUCUCUCUUUCUCUCUCUCUCUCUCCCUCUCUCUCCCUCCAGGAGAGCAGCCAUUCCCCUGUCUAGCAGCGUACGGAGCCUCCAAGGCAGCUCUCAACCUGUUCAUCAACACACUGCGCCACGAAAUGGAACCCUGGGGGGUCAAAGUGUCCACCAUACUGCCAUCCUCAUACAAGACAGGUCAGUCUGGUAACCAGGAGUACUGGGAGAGUCAGUACAAGAGCCUGAUCCACAACCUGUCCGCAGGCCUGCUGGAGGAGUACGGGGAAGACUACACACACGAGACCAAGGAGCUCUUCCAACACUUCGCCCAGUCGGCUAACGAGGACCUGUCACCAGUCAUCAACACCAUCAGCGAGGCGCUGCUCUCCCCCCGGCCCCUGGUCCGAUACUACGCUGGGCCCGGCGUGGGCCUCAUGUACUUCGUUUAUAGUUAUUUCCCUCUGAGUCUCUCAGACAAGUUCCUCCAGAGACUAUUUGUCCAGAAGAAGAUCAUCCCACGAGCGCUGAGGAAAGAGAACAACAACAACAACAACAACAACAACAACAACAACAACAUGGAGAAGAUAAAGAAGUAAAACAAUGAGAUGAUGUUUGUUUUUAAGGUAGAAAGUGGAAGCUGUAGGGCCCACUGACGUCAGGUAAAACACGCUCAUCGUGUUGUUGUCUAUUUUUUGUUUGAAUAUUGUGGUUUUUGCAUUGGUGUUCACAAUGAAGGGCUCAUUAUAUUGGUGUUCACAUUGAAGGGCUCAUUAUAUUGGUGUUCACAUUGAAGGGCUCAUUAUAUUGGUGUUCACAUUGAAGGGCUCAUUAUAUUGGUGUUCACAUUGAAGGGCUCAUUAUAUUGGUGUUCACAUUGAAGGGCUCAUUAUAUUGGUGUUCACAUUGAAGGGCUCAUUAUAUUGGUGUUCACAUUGAAGGGCUCAUUAUAUUGGUGUUCCUAUUGAAGGGCUCAUUAUAUUGGUGUUCAUUUUGAAGGGGUCAUUGAAGAUGAGUUUUUGAGUGGCUUCCCCUCCCGGUAGACGGCAGACACCAACAUAGCUGGCACACAGAGACAUAUUUAGAGAGUUUGGCCCAACUUUUAGAAUGAACGACAUGUUAGCACCUUAAUAUGCUGUAUGGUUUUGCUGGCAUCAACACGAUGGCACCAACACGGCUGGCACCAACACUUCUGGCACCAACACGGCUGGCACCAACACGGCUGGCACCAACACUUCUGGCACCAACACGAUGGCAUCAACACGAUGGCACCAACACGGCUGGCACCAACACGGCUGGCACCAACAGCACCAACACGAUGGCACCAACACGUCUGGCAGCAACAUGGCUGGCACCAACACGGCUGGCACCAACAUGGCUGGCACCAACAGCACCAACACGAUGGCACCAACACGUCUGGCACCAACACGGCUGGCACCAACACGGCUGGCACCAACACGGCUGGCUCAAACACGUCUGGCACCAACACGUCUGGCACCAACACGGCUAGCACCAACACGAUGGCACCAACACGGCUGGCACCAACACGGCUGGCACCAACAGCACCAACACGAUGGCACCAACACGUCUGGGACCAACACAGCUGGCACCAACAUGGCUGGCACCAACACGUCUGGCAGCAACAUGGCUGGCACCAACAGCACCAACACGAUGGCACCAACACGGCUGGCACCAACACGGCUGGCACCACAGAGCUCUGUAAAUACACCAUUCUGUCACAUCCCCAUGGAGCACCUGAAUUCAAGGACCUUAUAGAUGUUCAAUUAUAUUUGCCGAUGUUAUUUUUAUUUCGAACAGUUCGUCUUUGUUCGUUUCUUUGUAUUGUUCACUCCACUGAAUGUUCUUCUUCAAUCAGAGUAGCUAUGCCAGUUUUAUUUCAUGAAUCACUGAAAACUGUGAAUUUUACAAUAACAAAUAUUCUUAAAAAUAUUGUUAAAAAAAUGUUUGUUUUUUUCACUCAUUGUUCACCUAACUUUGGUAAUAUUAAAAGUUUUUAAGACUUUUUAAAAA